AUGCACCGUAUUAACUCGUGGGCGAAAGCUCACGCCACUACUCCUCGCGAUUCUCAACCCCAAUCAACUGAACCCUUUCCCAAAGCUCCCGACCCGUCCAUACCCAAGACGGCGCACCUCCAAGAACCCAGUCGGGAUGUACAAGUGAAUAUCCCACCAGAGGCCCCGGCGGAAACUAUUACCCCGGGGCCCGAAGAUGAAAAGAACAACAAGCCGCCCAUGCUGGUGCGCAUGCGCAAUGGCAGCGGGCGCUUCUAUAAUCAUACCAAGGAUGCAUUAUUCCACAGCUGGGUCAAUGUCCUGCUGGUCUUUGUCCCACUCGGUAUUGCUGUCAAGGCAGCUGGACUAAAUCCAGAUAUUGUCUUUGCUAUGAAUGCAGUGGCUAUUAUUCCCCUCGCUGGACUAUUAAGUCACGCAACAGAAAGCGUGGCCAGUCGCUUGGGUGACACCAUUGGUGCACUCAUCAACGUCACUUUCGGUAAUGCUGUCGAGUUGAUCAUUUUCAUCAUUGCCCUGGUCAAGAAUGAAAUUCGAAUUGUCCAGGCCUCCCUACUGGGAUCAAUCCUGGCUAAUUUGCUCUUGAUCCUGGGUAUGGCUUUCCUUCUGGGCGGUCUCCGCUUCCAGGAGCAGAUCUAUAACAGUACCGUUACACAGAUGAGUGCUUGUCUGCUCAGUUUGAGUGUGACCAGCCUUCUCCUGCCAACCGCUUUUCAUGCAUCCUUUUCUGAUACUACCGCUGCCGACAGGCAAACCUUGAAGGUUAGCCGUGGUACGAGUGUGGUUCUCCUGCUGGUAUAUAUCCUCUAUAUCCUCUUCCAGCUCAAGUCGCACUCGUAUCUCUACGCUAGUAUCCCCCAGCGAAUCAUCGAUGAGGAAUCCCACCCUGGUGUCCUUGCAGACCUGAUGAACAGCUCGUCGGAUUCCUCGUCCAGUGACAGCGAAGACUCGGUGGACACCACCACAUCAUGGACCACCGCCAAACGGAUCAAGCGUGCGAUGAGACACCGCAGACACCGCAAGUCGAGUACAAGCUCUAAGGGCACGGCUCGCUCGGUCCAGAAGAAGGUCAUGGUGAACGAGAACCAGAGCUCCCUGGGCAACUCCAUUGCUAGUAACAAUGACAGUAAUUCUUGUGCCAUCGACUUUGAAGAGGUCCGCUACGAUGCCGACGAUGAUGCCAACCCACGCUUCCGCGACUUCGGCCUAACCAUGAGCCGCGUUGAAAGUGCCCAUGACAGCGAUAAGGCUCGGAAGAAGGAACGUAAGAAGCGUCGCUCUAAGCGCGCUCAGAAGGUCCAGGCCCAUAAUGAGGCGCAGGCGCAGGCACAGGCAGAGGCCUCGAAUGGCGCUCCCGUGAAGGAAGACCCGCAUCCCUCCAUGAAGGGAUUCGCCUCUGCACCCAACUUCGCCGGUAUGGAGGGCGCUGGGGAGAAUGACACCAGCCGCAAGCGCUCGCCAUUCGGUCCAAUCCCCUCGUUGCUGUCCAACACGGUCUUUAGCUCGCAGUCCCCUAGUAACUCGCCUCACAUUGGGACUGCCGCACGCCCGGGUAUUCAGCGCAGUAACUCUCUCCCCGCUCAUAUGAACACCGUUCCUCCUGCAGGCAAUGCCGUGCAGUUUGCUCGUGGUGCUGCCCGUGUCCCCACGGUUGCCAACCCCGUCGCUACCGAUGCUGUUCAGGAGCCAGAACCCGUGAUGUCGCGUACUGCGGCCGUGGUUCUUCUGUUGAUUUCUACCGGUCUUGUUGCUGUCUGUGCCGAGUUCCUUGUUGAUGCCAUUCCCGACAUGGUCGCCAGCUCUAAUGUCAGCGAAGCCUUUAUUGGUUUGAUUAUCCUGCCUAUUGUGGGUAAUGCUGCUGAGCACGUCACGGCUGUCAGUGUGGCAACCAAGAACAAGAUGGAUCUUGCCAUUGGUGUCUCUGUUGGAAGUAGUAUUCAAAUUGCUAUCUUCGUUACUCCCCUGGUUGUUAUUCUGGGUUGGUGCAUGGACAAGGACAUGUCCCUGUACUUCACCUUGUUCGAGACCAUCAGUCUGUUUGUCACUGCCUUUGUUGUCAACUUUUUAGUCCUCGACGGUCGCAGUAACUACCUUGAGGGUGCACUGCUUAUCGCAGCCUAUGUGAUUAUUGCUCUCGCAUCCUUCUUCUACCCCAGUGACAGUGAGGCCAGCAACUGGGCCGGUUCCUAG